AUGUCAAGAUCCAGACCUUUCAGUGUCACUUCAGUGAUCUCAACAACAGGAACCUUGGGUUUGCCACUAUUCCAGUUGGUGCUCUCGGACCUACCAUGUGAAGAAAAUGAAAUGUGUGUAAAUUAUAAUGAUCAACACCCUAACGAUUGGUAUAUCUGGCUCCUCCUGCUGAUUUUCCUGGUGGCUCUUCUCUGUGGAGUAGUGCUCUUAUGCCUCCAGUGCUGUCUGAAGAGACCCCGAAUUGACUCCCAAAGACACACAGUGGCCAUUGUUGCUGUUGGAGACUUGGACCCCAUUUAUGGAGCAGAAGCAGCUGUGAGUCCAACUGUUGGAAUUCACCUUCAAACCACAAACCCUGAACUGUUUCCUGUUCCAUCUUUUGGCACAUUAAGCCCCCCACCUCCAUAUGAAGAAAUUCUAAAAACAAGCCAAUUUUAG